AUGGAGGAGCAAAAAAAUGCUUCCAAGUUUGUUUUGGGAGGACAUGGUGCAUCGGUGGGGGGAGGAGGUCGCGCCGCCGUGGUUGUAGCAUCUCCAGUGGACUGUUCCAGUGUACGGAAAUUUUUGGAUGAAUGGAAAGCCAUGCUACCAGAGGGAUUGCCAGCAGGGAUGAUGAAGGAGUUUCAAGACACGAGGCGGUGCGCUGUGAUGGUGAGGGAAAGCUUCCUAGACCUGCGGGAUAACUUCCGGAGAAUUGUUGAUCCGGCCAUUACAGCCAAACGCAAAGAGACCAAAAGACAAAUUAUCUUGGAUGGCCCUCGGAGUUGUGGUAAAAGCAUUGCACUUGCGAUGCUUGUGCACUGGGCCCGUACUGAGGGAUGGCUGGUGUUCUAUGUUCCCCAAGGGAAGGAUUGGACUCAUGGAGGAUUUUUCUAUAGAAAUACCUACAGUGAUCUUUUUGAUACUCCUGUACAGGCUGGAAAGGUUUUGCAGGAUUUUUUGAAAUACAACGAAACUCGCUUACAGCAGUUACCAUGUCAAACUUUUGAGUCUAUUCCCCUGGGAGAAGGUACUGGUGUUGGAAUGAUGAAAGGGGCUGACACAGUGGAAAUGCCAGAAGGGUCCACAUUGUAUGAUCUCAUUCAAACUGGGAUAACCCACUCGCAUGCUGCAGUUGGUGUUGUAGUUCGUUUAAGAAAGGAGCUAUCACAUGUUAAAGAUGUGCCUGUACUGUUUGCCAUUGAUCAGUAUAACAGUUGGUUUACAUUCACCGAGUACCAGGAGCCUGUAACUGUUAGAUCCUGUCGAUCUAUCCACGCGAAAGAGCUUACAACGGUCAAUGCUUAUAGGUCAAUGCUUCACAAUGAUAUGAUGGUAGGAGCCUUCUCACAUUCAACCGCAGUUGGCAAACUAAGACAGGAGCUCCCGGAUGUUCCUUCUGAUGCUCGUCUGCUUUUUCCACGGUACACCGUAGAUGAAGCAGAGACUGUGUGCCACUAUUAUAUGAGGCAAAAGAUUAUUCGACGUGAAAGUUUUUCAGAAGAGAAGUGGAAAAAGAUAUACUAUUUGUCAAAUGGAAACGGCUCAGAGAUGAGGUGGCUUGCUGCGUUUAUAUGA